GAUGAGCGCCGACUACCCGCGCCCCUCCAUCAACUUGGACCCGCGCGUCUCCAUCUACAGCGUCCGCAGACCCUUGCUGAGCCGCAGCCACAUCCAAGGCAGAGUCUACAACUUCUUGGAGCGACCCACCGGCUGGAAGUGCUUCGUCUACCACUUCACUGUUUUCCUCAUAGUGCUGGUCUGCCUUAUAUUCAGUGUGCUUUCCACGAUUGAUCAAUAUCAAGCUCUGGCCACUGGGACAUUAUUUUGGAUGGAAAUUGUAUUAGUGGUGUUCUUUGGAACGGAGUAUGUGGUUCGACUGUGGUCAUCAGGAUGCCGCAGUAAAUAUGUUGGCUUAUGGGGAAGGCUUCGUUUUGCUAGGAAGCCCAUUUCUAUCAUUGAUCUAAUUGUAGUUGUUGCUUCAAUGAUAGUGCUUUGUGUGGGCUCUAAAGGUCAAGUUUUUGCAACCUCUGCUAUCAGAGGCAUCCGGUUUCUGCAGAUUCUGCGCAUGCUGCAUGUAGACCGACAGGGCGGCACAUGGAGGCUGUUGGGAUCAGUAGUUUUCAUACAUAGACAGGAACUGAUAACCACCCUGUACAUUGGGUUUCUAGGCCUGAUUUUCUCUUCAUAUUUUGUGUACUUGGCUGAAAAAGAUGCGGUGAAUGAUUCAGGAGAACAUGAAUUUAGCAGCUAUGCAGAUGCCCUUUGGUGGGGAGUAGUGACUGUUACAACUAUUGGUUAUGGAGAUAAGGUACCUCAGACAUGGAUAGGAAAAACAAUUGCAUCUUGCUUUUCUGUGUUUGCAAUUUCAUUUUUCGCCUUGCCUGCAGGGAUUCUUGGUUCUGGAUUUGCUCUGAAGGUACAGCAGAAACAAAGACAGAAGCACUUCAACCGACAAAUUCCAGCAGCUGCUUCUCUCAUUCAGACUGCCUGGCGGUGCUACGCAUCAGAAAAUCCAGACUCUUCUACGUGGAAAAUAUACAUUAAAAAACCUUCCAGAAGUUAUCACUUGAUGUCUCCUAGUCCCAAGCCAAAGAAAACUGGAAUGGUGUCGGUAAAAAAGAAGAAAUUUAAGACAGAAAAAGAUAACGGAUCUACUUCUCCUGAUAAAAUGUUACCUGUUCCGCAAAUCACAUUUGACCAUGUUCUAGAUGAUAAGAAAUCUGACAACUUUCAGUUGGAUUCAUAUGAAAAUUCUGUCCGACAGCAUUCCUGGUCAUCCUUUUCUACAGAGCAGCCAUCUCCCAGUUCUCCCCCUUCUCCAGUGAAAAGGAACUCACCGUUUUUAGAUACAAACACAGGACCAUUCAUUAGGACCAACAGCUUUGCAGAUGAACUUGACCUGGAGGGUGAGACGUUGCUGACCCCAAUAACUCACAUCUCACACUUGCGAGAACAUCACCGUUCUGCCAUUAAGGUGAUACGUCGGAUGCAGUAUUUUGUGGCGAAGAAGAAAUUUCAGCAAGCUAGAAAGCCUUAUGAUGUACGUGAUGUUAUAGAGCAAUAUUCUCAGGGUCAUCUCAACUUAAUGGUGCGGAUAAAAGAACUUCAAAGAAGGUUGGACCAAUCUAUAGGGAAGCCAUCACUGUUUAUUUCUAUCUCAGAAAAAAACAAAGACCGAGGGACUAAUACAAUCGGUGCCCGACUGAACAGAGUUGAAGAUAAGGUAGUCCAAAUGGACCAGAAGUUAAACCUCAUCACAGACCUGCUACACCACCUGGUUUCCAGCCAGCAAGGAAACCCAGGCAGCAACAAAUCAUCUCACAGGAAUGAUGUUAACACUCUCCCUACCUAUGAACAACUGACCGUCCCAAGUGGAAUCCAAGAUGACGUUUCCUGAUGCAGCAGAGAACUGUUUCCUUCCUUUUAAUUGACACUGAAUGUUGUGAAUCUUGAUGGGGGUUGGGGACAAAUUAAAGCUCAUAAUCAGCCAUACAAGAAUUAAACAUGUCUACUAAACCAAUGUUACUA